AUGUCUACGGCGGUCACUGCCCCCAUAGCGCCGUAUAUGUACGGACUCAAUAAAGUUGGAUAUGCGACCUUGGUGGUCAGCAUCUUUUUCAUGGCCUUAUCCGUAGCGUCGGUUGCGCUUCGACUGUGGACGAGACGAAUCAAGAACAACAAGCUCGGCAUUGACGACUGGCUAAUUAUUGCCAGCGUAUUUGUCUUUUUUGGGUUUUGCGCCGACGUACUGGUCGGAGUGUACACCUACGGCGGCGGACAGUCAGAAUAUGCGAUUCCAGCUCUCUACGCGGUCAAUGUCACGCUGGUCAAAAUGUCCAUUUUGUUUUUCUAUCGUCGCGUCUUCGCCGUCGCUGGAUUUCGCCGAAUCAACACCUUCGUUAUGGCUUUCUGUAUGGUUUGGUUCGUCGCCGCGGUGAUUGGGGAUUUGCUCUACUGUAUCCCGAUCCAAAGAUUCUGGGACCCGAGCGCGGGGGGAUCGUGUUUCAAUUUCGCGGCAUAUUUUCUGGCCAUGGAACUGGUGGAUAUGCUUCUUGAUGUUGUCAUUAUCGCUUUGCCGGUGAACACCAUUCUGGGGUUGCAUUUAUCCCUGCGCAAAAGGCUCGCGCUGCUGGGUAUCUUCCUGUUGAGUGCAUUUGUUGUUAUCACCGGUGCAGUUCGAAUCGGAUACGUAUACAAGCCGGGUGAUCAACUUCUAUCUCUGGCGCAAGCGUCCCUCUGGUCUGUUAUCAACCUUGGUGUGGCGAUUCUAUGCGCCUCGCUGCCCACCUAUCGUCCCUUACUCCCCAAAUUUGAGUCUUUCGGUAGCAUGUUCAGAACUCGAUAUAUAGGCUGGUCUCGUGCUGAUUCAAGGACAUCUAAAUCGGAUGGGUCGACCUGCAAUACCUAUAAUCCGCGUUCGGGGUAUUACUCUAAGAUGGAGGGCGGUACUGGGGCUGUUGUCCCUCUGACGAUAAUCGCGGCGGAGGAAAGUCAUAAUGCAAAGCGGGAUAGGCUGCCAACCGGUGGGAUUCAGGUACAACGUGAUGUUGAAGUUGUUUAG